GCCGGCCCUCCAAUCAGAUGACGUUGGCAGAAUUGGCCCCCAGCUCAUUUGAGUUUGAGACCCCUGCCUUAUAGGGUAAUUCCGUUUCAUAGGCCUAUAGGCCUAUCGCCUUUGACUGGCUGGCUACGGGUAUGCACAAACAUGUCCUUUAAACCACCCUUAACGUUCAUUUUUAAAACUGUGAAAUAUGGGGGUGUGGCUUACCAUGCUGCAGCCAAAAGCAUCAGGCACCAGGCAAUCUUCAACAGAAAUGCACUCUUCUGACAGUAUGGAAUGGAAACUUGCACUGUUGGCUCACCUUGGCUGAUAUGCUGAUUGGCUUUGUAUUUAUAUCAGAGUAUUUCCUUAGUUUCUUUCAACAGGGCAUCUGUAUUUUCCUCAAAUAUUUUAUGAAAUAUUUUUUCAAAUUAUACAAUUCUAACUCAGAAUUGUUGCUUCAUCUGCGAUCCAUCUGACAACCAUUAAUUUAGUAAAAGAAGUUCCCCUGCAUGACAGCCUUAGAUAAGAAAACAAUGGGACCACAUGAGCCAUAUGCAAUCUUGAAAGAGGAUAGAACAGUGGUUGUUCGUAGGUAUACUCCUUCAGAUAAUAGAGAAGUCCUGCGCAUCUUCCAUGAGGGUAUGAUGGAAAUGGUGACUGACACUGCUUUCCGUGGCUUACUGCAUCACCCGGAAAGUCAACUCCUGUACUCUGCUAUAACAGUGACAUUUUAUGUGUUCACUGGAUCAAUAUGGUUGGCCUGUUGCAUACUGCCACUAGUGUUGGGUGUGCGAUACUACUACAGUUGGAAAGUGGUGAAUGGGUACCUGGAACGGGCGCAGGACAUGCAUGACAUUGACCAGAACUACAUGGAAUCCUCCGAGCACUAUCUCUGGGUUGCGGAGAUCGGAAGGACAGUAGUUGGGCUGGUUGCAGUCCACUGCCUUCAGGAUGGCAAUAUGGAGCUGAACCGCAUGUCUGUGGAUUCCCACUUUCGGCGCCAGCGGGUUGGGGUUGCACUUGGCCAGCAGGUCCUCAGGUUUGCCCGUCUUCAUGCCCACUCCUCUUCAUCAGCUACUACCUCAGUAGUCCUGGGUACCACAACAUAUACGGCAGCACCGCACCGCCUUUACCAAGCCCUGGGCUUCCGCUGUGUAGGCAUCACCGAAGGAUUCUGCACACCAGGCACUGAGCGAUCCCUCCUGGAACAAGCAUUCUACAGAGUACGCCACCACCACUACCAGCUGGACUUACACUAGUCACGGAUUACACCACAGUGCAUUUACAUGGAAUGAUUCUUCUGAUUACUUUUAAAGCUCUACAUGGCCUGUCUCCCAAUUACAUAUCUGAUCUCCUAGUACCUUAUACACCUGUGCGUACUUUAAGAUCAUCUGGUAGUGGUUUCCUAACUAUUCCUAGGUCAAAACUAAAGGGGAGAGAGCAUUUAGUGUCAGGGCACCUAGGCUCUGGAAUGACCUGCCUGAUGAAAUCAGGUCAGCCAAGUCAGUAUGCUCUUUUAAAUUCCUCCUUAAAACUCAUCUUUACAAGCAAGCCUUCCUUAGUUUUGUUAAAGUAAUAUACUUCAUUUUGUGUUAAGUUUAUUAAGUUUUAUUUCAGUGUCAAGUUUUAUUUCGGUAAGUUUUAUUUCAGUGUCAAGUUUUAUUUCAGUAUAA